CUUUGUGUCUUGCAGGAAGAGCCAAGGAGCAAAUCCAAGAUCUGUGCUAAUGUUUUCUGUGGAGCUGGGCGGGAGUGCACAGUGACUGAGAAGGGAGAGCCGACCUGCCUCUGCAUUGAGAAAUGCAAACCUCACAAGAGGCCUGUGUGCGGUAGCAAUGGCAAGACGUACCUGAACCACUGUGAGCUGCACCGUGAUGCCUGCCUCACUGGCUCCAAGAUCCAGGUGGAUUAUGAUGGCCACUGUAAAGAGAAAAAGUCUGAAAAUCCAGCUGCAAGCCCAGUUGUCUGCUACCAGUCAGACCGGGAUGAGCUUCGUCGCCGUGUCAUCCAGUGGCUGGAAGCUGAGAUUAUCCCAGAUGGAUGGUUUUCCAAGGGGAGCAACUAUAGUGAAGUCCUGGACAAGUAUUUCAAGAGCUUUGACGAUGGCGAUUCUCGCUUGGACUCCACUGAAUUCCUGAAGUUUGUGGAGCAGAAUGAGACUGCUGUCAACAUCACCACCUACAUGGACCAGGAGACCAACAAGCUGCUCAGGGGACUCUGCGUAGAUGCCCUCAUCGAGCUCUCAGAUGAAAAUGCUGACUGGAAGCUCAGCUUCAAUGAGUUUCUCAAGUGCCUCAGCCCAUCCUUCAACCCACCAGAGAAAAAGUGUGCCCUGGAAGAUGAAACCUAUGAGGAUGGAGCAGAGACCCAGGUGGAGUGCAACCGCUGCGUCUGUGCCUGUGGGAACUGGGUGUGCACUGCAAUGACAUGCGAGGGGAAGAAUGAGAAGGUGCCUGCUCAGAGACAGCGACCUGAUCAAGACUUGACUGAGGAGGAGCUGGCUAGAUACGUUCAGGAACUGCAGAAGCAUCAGGAGACAGCUGAGAAGACCAAGAGAAUGAGCACCAAGGAAAUGUGAGGGGCCUCCACAUCGGAGGAGCCCAAGAGGACAGGCCCAACCUGCCACCCUGUCCUCCCAUGCUGAUCUCAGUAUGCACAAGUUGUCUACUACAGUUGCCCAGUCACAGAUAUUUACAUUGUAUAGCAAUGGGUUAUUUGUUUUGUAAUACACAGAGAAUGGGGCCAGGAAAGGGGAGCAGAGCCCACCUGUUCAGGGAGCUUCAUUGCUGGGGCCUUGGAAGGCUGGGAGGGACUUACAGCAGCCUCCGGGACCCUUUCCCAGAGCACAGAGCUGCUCUCUCCAAGAGCUAACAGGGAUUUGUUGUUCCUCUGGAUCUGGGGAAAGGAUGGAGGUCAGUGCUGGAUAGAAGAAGGGGUGUUCAGUCAACACAGUUGUCAGCACCGGCCUUGGCUGCGGCAGCAGAGGCCGGGCAGUUUAGUGGCUGAGCACGUGUGCUGCAGGGCGUCCUUAGCCGACCGCCUUGCCCUGCUUACCCUCCCCUUCUGCUCGGGCUCUUCUCAGCUGGGCAGCGUCUUGUGGCACCUGGAAGUCAUGGUGCCAUGCUGCUGGCACGAGUCCAGCACAUUCCUCCUUGCUUUCCACCAGACUGUCCCCAGCAGCUCCUCCAGUACAUUGUGGGCUCCAACACAACAUGGUUCCUUUUGACCUCAUCUCACUCUUACUCUCCCUACCCCCUCCUUAGAGGUGCUAUCAUAUUUUUUUCUUAUCACAUUCACAAGCUGACUCCCC